AUGGGCGUCGAGGUCGAGGCGUCAUUGGGCGUGGCGUCAUUGGGUGAGGCUCCGUCUAGAGAGGCGUCAUCUGGAAGGGCGCCAUAUCCUAAUGGCCAGUCUAAAGGCUAUGGUUUUGUACAAUUUGAUAAUGCAGAAUCUGCUCAAAGUGCCAUAGAUAAGUUGAAUGGCAUGCCGCUUAAUGAUAAACAAGUUUAUGUUGGACAUUUCCUUCGUAAGCAGGAAAGAGACAGUGUAAUGAGCAAGACAAAAUUCAAUAAUGUUUAUGUUAAAAUUUUGGCAGACUUUACUACAUAUGAAGAUUUGAUGAAAACUUUUGGAGAAUAUGGACCAAUUACUAGUGCAAUAGUGAUGAGGGAUGGAGAAGGAAAAUCGAAGUGUUUUGAUUUUGUGAACUUUGAGAAUGCAGAUGAUGUCGCUAAAGCUGUUGAGGCCUUAAAUGGGUACAAAUUUGAUGAUAAUUAG